AUGUCACAACAACAACAACAAGAAGUAGAAUGCCCUGAAACACUGAGGCUCAAGGGCAAUCAGUUGUUCGCAAAAGGAGAGUUCGAUGAAGCCUUGAAGGUGUAUGCUAGGGCAUUAGAGUGCGCUCCAAAUGACUUUACAAUAAUAUCGAAUCAAUCAGCAUGUUACUUUGAGUUGGGAUUAUAUUCCGACUCGAUUGAAGCAUCAAAUAAAGUCAGAGCGAUGAUCGUUGAACAAGGUGGACAAGAUCCCAAACAAUUGGACAAGAAGAACUUGGCUCGUAUCGCCAAGGCACUGUUCACAAUCAAUGAUCGUGACAACUUGAUCACUCUACUCAAUGAUCAUUCAGCCGAUCUCAAAGGAAGCAGUCCAGAGAUGGACAAGAUCAUCACAUCCAUCGAGCACGAGAACAAACGAUUGCCUGCCGAUGCGCCACUGACACGCGUUAACAACCUGCCACGUAACCUACCCGUGCGUUGCUCUACUGGCGAGUACUUUGUGAUGGGACAUGAUCAGCCCAUCAGUGCCCUGGGAUGCCAGUUUGAGCCCGUGGACGAGACGGAUGUGCUGUCGGAGAAAGAUGGUGACUUGACUCGCUAUCACCAGAGACAAACUAUCCAGUUGGCCGAGCACCCAGAGUUGUCGAUCUUCUUUGGUGGCUGCAAUGAUGGUCGUCAUGCCCUCAUCACCUAUGCCGACCUCAAUCGCCAAGUGUCGACGAUGCCCGACAACACAAAGGUGCACAUCACUCUCAAUGACAUCAAGGCAACAUCAUUGGCGCGCAACGUUGUGCUCACACAUCUGCUCCACUCACUUGGCGCAUUCAACUCGAUCAACGCCAUCUACACAGACAAGCAGGCAGCAUUGGACGCAUCAUUGAUCUACUUUAUGUACUUUAGUGUGGCCAUGCCAGGUGUGACCUAUCAACGACUCAUUCAGGUCAUCGACGAACUGCUCCAACUCACACAUGUUCAGUUGCCCAAUCACAUGGUCGUUGACAAGCAGUCAUGGAAAAUGAUACGCCGAUCACUCAACUACUGGCGAAGUGAACAUGGAUUCACGGCAAAGAGGAUGCGCGCUGAAGCCAUCCUCGUCCCCAAGAAGGAGACCACAGAUGAGAUCACGAUGGGUUCGUCGUCGACAUAUCAGGCAGCGAUGAGCGAGCGUGCGAAGGAACGCCAAGCGAUGAUCGAGCAGAUCAAGGACUAUGACUAUGUCAAACAGAUGAUGCCAGACCUCACCCCUGAAGCCUUCGAAGCCAUGAAGGACGAUUUGGCCAAGAUACUCGAGGAUGACUUUGAAGGCAUGACCCGCAUGACGUUGCCAAGUGAGGCCAAACCGAGUAUGUGGUCGAGAAUCUACAAGUUGAUUCCAAUGCCAAAGCCACUGAUGCUCUGUGAUGGUUUGUCAGAGUUUGAUAGGAAGGCGGGCGAGGCGUACCAAGCAUUCAAUAUCAAGGAUCCAGAAAGCUUGGAUAAAUCAUUGAAGAAAAGUCUAUUCGAUGACAACUGGGAGCCCAACAUCACAUUCCUGGACAUUGACUUCAAACAUCUCACUGGACUCAACUUUGACCCUGUCAAUAGUCUUACACACUUUGUACAUAUGAAGUGGCUCGGCGAACCAGAGAUGAGCCAUACAGAACACUUUGAUUACUUCAUCAAUGUAGUGUUCCAGGCUGCAAGGGGAUUGCGUCAACUCGCUGAUCGAAAGUAUAUCACGGUGGAGUUUGAUGUUGGUGAUAUGAACAAGACAUUAGAGAGAAUACGCAUUGAUGAGGACAAGAGUCGCAUGGCCAAGAACCUUCCAAACCAGUUUGAUCGCAUAUUCUUGACAAAUGUGCCCGACUACACUGGCCAACUAAUUGUGUUUGUCGACACGAUCAACAGUCUCAAGCUCAAGCCACACGCAUUCAUCAAGUUCAACGUUAUCCUCAACACUGGCCUAUUCAAGGAUUACGAGGAGGCAGUCCACUCACAUACACUCAUCCCAUCGAUCACCCAAGCUCACAAGUACUUUGGCAUGCGCUGUAUCGAAGACUAUCUGUGGCAGGUAAACACUUGGACUCAUGCCGGUCCAAAGAAGCUGCCCCUCGAGUCACUGGCCAAGCGUGAUGAGAUCUGGUUGUGGCUCGUCCGUGUGUUCAUCAACAUCAUGCUGCCCGCCAAGAUCAACCCAGCCGACGUGGUCACGUUCAACUGUCCCAACAACAUGUCGAUCUUCUUCCGCAUUCUCGAUCGUCUCCGCGACAUUGGAUACCCACUUCACUGGCUCACAUCAUUCAUUGAUCAACUGUUGUCUGGCAGUGUCAAGUCUGCCGCUGCACUCUCAGACAAACGAAUGAUACCAGUUGGAGCGGCGCAGUCCCCCACGCCCAAGACAAUCAACACGAUGGCCUUCCAAGUGGAGCUCAGGACCAUUGCCUCACUCUGGCUCAGUCAAUCACUCAACGCUCGCAUCACCACGCCCCUGCCCAACCCAUCAGACAUCCAUCAAUGGAAGAUCAGCUCAUUCGGUAUGACGGACAACAUGAUGGGCAUACCAUUUGCCGUCCAACAACGUCCAGUAUACUCGGCAUUGAUAUAUCUGGCCAACUGUCCAAAGCAAUAUCGUUUACCUACAAUGCAAUUUGGCCCGGCUAAUAUGGUGGACAAGGUUGUGUUCAGGAAGGCCGUGUUGGAUACCGUCAAUACUGCCAACAUCAUACAAUUCAUCACGGUGAUUGAAUGGAGUGACCUAGACAACAGUCUCACAUUCUGGAUGUCACAAUCAGACAUGGAUUCAUUGAUUUCUCAAAAGGCAUCAAUUGUACUCUAUCGCAAUGAUAUCUAUCGUGAAGUCAGCAACACACUUCCACUCAGUCAGGCUUUGAGACAACAACAAUCAACAUCAUAUUGA